CAUGUAAGUUGUUGCACAUCAAUGCCACGUCCUCCUUUAUAUAAUAUUUCUAUUGGCAGUCAAAUAAUAUCAAAGUUUGUCCACACGGGGUCAUGGGAGGUCGCCGAUGAAACCAUUUAUUCACAAGAUCACGAACAACUUAAGAAUUCAUUGAAUAAAAUAAUCGAGAACGACAUCAACCCGUUUGUCGACGCUUGGGAAGAAGAACAAAUGUUUCCCGCGCAUACCGUGUUUAAAACACUUGGUUCGGCGGGUUUUCUUGGGGUUUCUAAACCAACAGGUGUUACAACCACUGCCAAGUCCGACGGCGAUGAUUUCGUCAUCAAUGGAGGGAAGAUGUGGACAACUAAUGGAUCACAGGCAGAUUGGAUGUGUUGUCUUGCAAACACCGGGCAAGGUUCGAUCCACGAAAAUAAAUCACUCAUUUGCGUACCUAUGGAUACACCAGGUGUCACUGUUGCGAGGAAAAUCGAUAAAAUUGGAAUGCACUCGUCUGAUACCGUUCAGGUAUUCCUUGAAGACGUGCGAGUCCCGAAGUCGUUCAUGAUCGGGGAGGAAGGAAGAGGGUUCACAUACCAGAUGCUGCAGUUCCAGGAGGAACGAAUGUUUGCUGCCGCUGCUGCUUUGAAACCACUUGAAACAGCCAUCAAUGAAACGAUCGCUUACACGAAGCAACGUAAGAUAUUUGGACGAACCAUCCUCGAUAACCAAGUUGUUCAUUUUCGACUCGCUGAACUUCAAACCGAGGUUGAAGCGCUGAGGUCGAUGCUGUAUAGAACUGUAGGUUUAUAUUUGAAAGGACACGAUGUAACCAACCUUGCCUCGAUGUGUAAGUUAAAGACGGGACGGUUGGCUCGUGAAACAACGGACGCUUGUUUGCAAUAUUGGGGGGGUAUGGGGUUCACUAAGGAAUCCAUAAUAUCAAGAUACUACAGGGAUUUCCGAUUAGUAUCGAUUGGUGGUGGAGCAGAUGAAGUGAUGCUUUCUAUUAUAUGCAAAUAUAUGGGCACUUUACCAAAACAUAGAUAAUUAUGGUUAUUUAAUUGUUUUAUUAAUUCUUUCAACAAUUCCUCAUAUAUUGAAGUUUUCUUUAUUGUGACGUCACAUUUCAUGUAUUAUGGAAUAUUUUGUUUAAAAUUUGUGUUUUUUAAUCGCGUUUAAAAUAUAUCCAUAUCAA